AUGAAGACCUUCCACAAAGUCGUAUUCAAGCCCGACUCUCAAUCCACCGACGAGUUUAUGGUCAUCGUCAACGGCGAAGAGUUCAAAAAGUGGAUCGCAGGUGACAAGACCAUCCCUCUCGCAGAAGUCGUUGAUUCUUUCGACGUUUUCCACACCGGUACCGGUGCUCAAGGAAUCAUGGGCCGCCCAAGCAAACAGUUGCUCGAUACCGUUUUCGAUACUCACAAGGACGUCGAUGUAGUGACGCACAUCCUCGAAAGGGGUCAGUUGCAGACAGCGAGCCAUAAGGAAGCUUACAGCACAACUAACGAUGCUAAGCAGCCUCAGAAUGCUACUUCCCAUGGUAGUUCUGGUGGCUUCGGUGGCCGAUAA